AUGCCUUUCAAAUGGCACCUAAUCGAAGUGCGCACACGGAAUAAACCGGCUACGACCGACAUCCAAGGCAUUAGUGGUGGCCUUGGCGAAGCAGUGACCACAAAAGUUGAAACCUGGCCGGGUGGUGUAUUCGAGCCAACUACGGGAAAGUUGGAAGUCUUGUCACCUGGAAUGGUAAAGGUGACUUGGUCGGCUCCACAAGGCCUGUAUGGUAUUGUUCAGGAGUACUACGUGCUAGUCAAAGAGAACGACAAGGUAGAGCGCAAAGAAACGGUACCACCUACAACAACAAGCAUCACCUUGACGGCGUUACCUGCAAACUACAAAAUCUACGUUCAGGCAAAGAUUGCACCCAACAGCCAGGGCAUGGGCGGCGGCCUGAGUAGGGAAGUUCUCAUCGAGGAAACAACCGGCACAUGUAAGUUUUUUCAAAUUUAUUUAUUUCCGUCUCUACUUUAUUACAUGCUGCGACCGUUAAUAGUAUGA